AUAUUUUAAUGACUAAUAAAAAUCAACUCAUUCUCUAUAAAUUGGUUUUAGUCAACAUUUCUACUAUUUUGAUGAAUUUAUCAGAUAAUAAUGAUAUAUUAUGAAACCAACUACAUUUAUUUAUAUAAUUUGCUUGUAAACUAGAAAUAAUGUUCUAACUUGUAAAAUCAUUUACAAUUAUUGUGUAUAUUGCAUUGAUCAUAGAAAACCAAGAGAUUGAACAAAUUUAAUUAUUAAAAUAGCACAGUAUGGAUUUUACAAAUUUUUUUAAAAAUUUAUUUCGUUUCAAUAACAUUGAAAACCAAGAUGAAAUUCCAUCAAAAUUUGAACUUCCUUCAAGAAAUGGUCAUGAAAUAUCAAAUCCUAAUGACCAUCAAAUAUUUACAGAUCCUAACUUCCCAAAUAUUGAAGAUAGUAUUCAUAUGUUUCAUCAAAGUAUUGGUGACAUUAUAAAAACUUUUGCUCCUGAAUUGGUUGAUGAAUUGUUUUCAGAUAAUUUUAUUAAUAAUGAUACAAAUAUAUUUUCGAAUAAACCAUUUGCUCAAGAAGAAAAUCAAUUUAAUGGUAUACCUAGGUCGAAUUAUAUGGCUCAACGCUAUUUUCUAAAUCCACGUUUAACAAAAGAUAUCAAAUUAAAUGAAUCAUACGAAGGAAACAUGUUUCAAAGACUGCCUAAUAUUACACUGAAUUCUAAUUCUUACAAUGUGAAUCGAAUAUAUCAUUUACAUGAUGGAAGAAUGUUAGAAAAAGAAGUUAUUACAAGUAAAUUACAAUCGGGACAAAUUGAAAAAACUAUCACUAUGAAAGAUGGAAACAAGUCAUUAAUAUCUAUAAUCACUGAAAAUCCAACAACGGGUCAACAAAGUUUUAAAAAUAAAUUAGUCAAUUUAGAUGAAAGUGAAUUGGAAGAUUUUAAGAAAAAAUUUCCCAAAGAUUAAUUAGGUUUAAAUAAUUUUAAUAAAUAGAAUUGAAUUUACAACUUCAUCAUUUAAACAUUGCUGUAAAUAAAAUUAAAUGUUAAUGAAAAU